AUGUCGAUGUUGGUUCACACUAGGCCCUUAACCAACACAUCAACCAUCGACAUACCAUCUUUAAUGUCACUACUCAAACUUGAUGGUCAAGACGGUGGCUCACCAGGGUGUUGGGACACAGUGUUUGAACUCCAAGCGUGUACCGGGGAAAUGAUACUUUUCUUUAUAAAUGGUGAGACUUAUUUAGGAAGGGAUUGUUGUAGAGCGAUCCAAAAAAGUGAAAAGCUUUGUUGGCCUUCUUUGAUGAGAUCACUUGGUUUCACUUCUAAAGAAGAUGAUAUAUUACAUGGUUAUUGUGAUGUUUCAGAUAAUGGUGAUGUUCCAACAACAAUGCCUCCUCCACGAACAUCCUCGCCUCCUCCACGAACCGCAACACCUCCACCGGCAUCUACCAAUGCCACCGGCCAUUCAUAA